AUCGAUGUGCGCAUCCAUGGUUUAGAUCCUCCGGUGGGCGGUGGCAGUGCACCUACGAAUCAGCUAUUUUUUUUGCAUCCGGGUCAGCUGAGGAUUAAGAGAGAGCGAGCGGACUUGCCUCCUCGUUUUUUUUUUCGCAUCCUCUCAGUUACCUGAUUCUCCCGCCUCAGAAUCCAGUACAACUAUCCUUGCAUUAGUGACAUGACUUCUUCAUCUUCCGAUCAUGGUUCCGCCUCGGUUCCAUUCCAAACUCAAAGUUCUUUAGGCGCCCCCACUCCCGUCAACACGCCCUUAAAUCCCGCACCAAUCGCAUCGCGUCUCUCCCGCCCUACUAUAGCUGACAUUGAUGAGAAUGAUGCAGAGGAUGAUGAUAGGAAUCCAUCCCAGGCUGCUAUCAAUGCUCUGAUGCAGCACAAGCUCACGAGUUUGAUCGGAAGGAGUAGUGGAUAUAUCGAGUCUUUGCCUGUCCCAGUCAAGCGGCGCGUAGAGGGCCUCAAAGGUGUUGCCACUGAUUAUGACGCAAAGCUCAAGGAAUACAAGAAAGAAAUGUAUGAACUCGAAAAGAAAUUCCUUGCUCACAUUCAGCCGCUGUAUCAGCGUCGUCUGGACAUAAUCAGUGGUGUUGCCGAACCCACUGAGGGUGAAGUCGAGGCUGGUGAAGCUGUGACAGCCAAAGGCGACCCUGACGCCACGCCUCUGCCGAAGGAUUCCGCCGAUCCGAAUGCAGAAUCUCCAAAGGGUAUUCCCGAGUUCUGGCUGACAGCUCUGAGGAACCACAUUGCGUUCAGCAAUUUAAUUACAGAUCGCGACGAGGCUGCACUCCGACAUUUAACGAAUAUCGUACUCGAGUAUCUCGAGGGGGAACGCCAGGGAUAUAAGAUUGUAUUCCACUUCUCGCCCAACGAAUUCUUUGAAGAUGCUACACUCACCAAGGAGUAUCGCUAUAAGGAUGAACUUGACAUCGAGGGAGACUAUUUGUAUGAACGUGCAGUGGGGUCGGCCAUACAUUGGAAGGAAGAUAAGGAUCUGACCCAAGAGAUUGAAGUGAAAAGGCAACGAAACAAAGCCACAAACCGUACACGGGUAGUCCGUCGCGCCAAGCCCACCGAAUCAUUCUUUAACUUCUUCUCUCCUCCGGAACCGCCUACCGAAGAGGCCGAGGCUGGUAUGGAUGAUGAAGAGUUGGAGGAAAUUGAAGAGAAUCUAGAGAUGGACUACCAGCUAGGACAGGAUUUGAAAGACCGGGUCAUCCCUCGUGCUGUUGAUUACUUCACCGGCAAGGCGCUUGAGUGGGAAGAAGAUGACGAUGACUAUGAGGAGGACGACGACUUUGAUGAUGACGACGAUGAUGACGAUGACGAUGACGAGGAUGAGGAAGAUGAGGACAUUCCAGCACCUCGCCGCCGUGCAGCCAAGGAUGGAAAAGAUACAGUCGAUCCUGAGGAAUGUAAACAGCAAUAAUCAGCCCUUUGUUACUGUCGUUGGGUGCCACUAUUGCGUUAUGCGGUGAUUGUGCUGCACCCUCAUUCAUUCAAUGUCAAGUUUACAUAGCUAGGUUAAGAGUAAUCGUCGUUGCUAUAUUUUCAACCGUUUUCUUUACACAUUACUCUACUUUUUGGUUCAAACAAGCCAUUUCGAUUUUAUCGUGCUUAUCCGUUCGCCUUUAUAGCAUGGGUUUUCCGACCCAGCACCGUUCGCUUUAUAUUUUAAUGAGUUUCAGGGCUGGGCUUGGGACAACUUAACAGUUGCUGUUGAGUUCCCGCCGAAUCAGAAAGAGAAA